AUGGAGUUUUUUAAUUUGAAUCAUAAUGAGCAAGUAGUUUCACCAUGUCUAACUAUACACGGUAAACUGACUAAAAAGACAUCAGGUGCCCAAUCAAUUCAAGUUCAGCACCCACAAUUACCUCCAUUAACCUUUCCCAUAAAUGAAGAUUUUUUCAAGGCAACUGUUAUCCUAACACCGGGGGAAAACAAAUUCACUUUUAUUACGGAUAAAAAUGUCUCCCAACAAAUCACUUGUUAUUAUACCCCAUUAUUACAAGAUCAACCAAUCCAUCUUUGUUUAAUCCUUGCUAAGGACUCUCCAAUGAAAUUUGACUCCCCAAAGGAUCAAAUUGCAAAAGAAAAUGGUAACGAUUUAUACCUAGCUAUAAAGAAACUAAGAAUGGCAGGAAGAUUACUGCAAGCAUUUACUAACGAACAAAUGUUACGUAAUGGAUUUGGUCAUCGUACUGUUCAAUUCGUAGAAGAAUAUACAUUAGAUACGGAAUUUCAAGAUAAUCCAAUGAAGAAAUUGAAAAUGAGAAAUAACAUUAAGAUACAUUUGGUAAGAUCUGAAAAGAGUAUCAAGGAAAUUAGAUCUCAUGAUAUUGCACAACAAAACAGUAAGGCUAAAGAUGCUGGUGCGUUAUAUGGUAUUGCUAUGGACGCUUUGAAAAAAUACGGUGGUCCAUUCAUUAAUUGUGAAAAGCCUGUUCAGGCUGCAUGUAUAUAUAUGGAUACUCAUUGGGAUGGAAAAUUAAUUACAGGCCAUGCCGCUCUUGGUGGUGGUGAUGAUCAUAUCAAAUUGGCCAUCUUUGGGUCGCAUGGGAUCUAUUCAUGGCCUCGCUCUAUGGAAGAUGUUGUGCCAUAUUUUUUAAACGAUACUAAAGCAUCUACUACAGAAGUGGCUAACGAUUGUGGACAAUGUGGCUCCUAUUGGGAAUGUUUAGCAAUUACCAUGGGUGCAUUUUGGCAUGAAAUGGGUCAUUUGUUAGGUUCCCCACAUCAAGAACAUGGUGUCAUGUUAAGAGACUAUACUGUAUUGAACAGAUCAUUCUUAACAAAAGAAGCUUAUUGUCUAAGAACAAAAUCAUAUGGUGCUGCAGCACCAAUUUUUCCUAAAGAAGAAUGUACUUGGCAUCGUUUAGAUCUUUUGAGAUAUUUAUAUCAUCCUUCAUUUACAAAACCAGAAGAUUACAAUGAUCCUAGUUUCUUUAGACCAAGCAAGAUUGGUGGGUUCCAAUUCUCAGAACCAAACUUCUAUCCUUUAGGAAAUGAUAUUUGCCGUUUCUCAUCUCAAACUGGUAUAACUGUUAUAGAGAUAAUUUGUGGCGAUUUAGCCCUCGGUUACAUCGAGUAUCUUCCUGUAUCAUUAGGUGGUCCAGGACCCCAAAAAGAAGUCGUCGUCAGUCUUUCUGAAUUACGUGCCCGUAUCCCAGCUAAUAAAUUGGAAGAAUUUAAAGAUAAGUUCACAUUAAAUCUGAUAGCCGUUAAUUCACCAAGUGCUACGUAUGAAAAUUUCCCAAGUUUAGCAACUGUUACUCCAAUUCCUAUGGGUAAGUACGGUUAUCCAGAAUCUAUUAGAGGUUUCAAAUCCCCAGCUCAUGGACAAAUAGGUCGUGGUAAGGAAACUGGUAUUCUCGGUAUCAAUGUAAAGAAUGUAGUCGCAGUAAGAGUAUAUCAUGGUGCAGCCUUAGAUGGGAUGCGCUUUUUCUUUAAUGCUCCUACAAAGAAAAAUGAACCUCCUGCAAUUCCAUCUAGAACUUAUGUGGAUAAAUUGACAAAAUCCUUUAAAGCUAAUGUAUCCAUCUCCAAUGAUCAUCCAAGUGUAUUAUUUGGUGUUGAAACACCAAAUUAUAGUGAUGUUAUUUUGGAACCUGGUGAAUACAUUACGGGAUUUACAGUAAAGUCGGGCUGGUGGAUUGACGCUGUUCAGGUAUCUACAAAUUAUGGUCGUAAAACUGAUAUGCUAGGUAACAAAGAAGGUGGUGGCCAAAGAGAAUUAUUCCCACCAGAAGGACAAUACGUUUUAGGGAUAUAUGGUAGUGUAGGAAAUUGGGUAGACUCCUUAGGUAUUGUUUACGGUUCACUGUAG